AUGGCUUCGUCCAGCUCGUCCAGCACCUCAGGCGGCCCCAUCGCCAGAGGAUCUCGAUGGAGGAGACUUGUUCUGAAGCUGAGCCAGAAGGACACCCUGCAAGCGCUCUUUCAACAGAACCCCUACCCUGGGAUAGCGACCAGGGAACGACUGGCCCGAGAGCUUGGCAUUGCCGAAAGCAGUGUUCAGGUCUGGUUUCAGAACCAACGAAGAAGAUGGUUAAAGCAGAGCCGACGACCGACUGCAAAUAUGCCCCAAGACAGGGAAGGGGCGCCAGGGUCCACGGCCAGGCCACCGUCGACACCUCCUCGACCUCAGUCUUCCACUCAAAAAGACUCGGCCAGAGAGGCCAGGCGAAAGAGGACAGUCAUCUCUCCUUCUCAAACAAGGAUCCUUGUGCAAGCCUUCACGAGGGAUCGCUUUCCGGGGAUUGCCGCCAGGGAAGAACUGGCUCGUCAGACGGGAAUCCCAGAAGCUCGAAUCCAGGUCUGGUUUCAGAACCAACGAAGAAGAUGGUUAAAGCAGAGCCGCCCACCGUCUGCAAAUAUGCGCCAAGACGGGGAAGGGGCGCCAGGGUCCACGGCCAGGCCACCGUCGACACCUCCUCGACCUCAGUCUUCCACUCAAGAAGACUCGGCCAGAGGGGCCAGGAGAAAGAGGACAGUCAUCUCUCCUUCUCAAACAAGGGUCCUUGUGCAAGCCUUCACGAGGGAUCGCUUUCCGGGGAUUGCCGCCAGGGAAGAACUGGCUCGUCAGACGGGAAUCCCAGAAGCUCGAAUCCAGAUAUGGUUUCAAAACCGAAGAGCUCGGCACCCCCAGCAGAGCACAAGGGGGCCUGGCAAUGGCCGGGCCCGAGGACCAGGCGGCGCAUCGGCCACGACCGCUCCUGCUCCAGAGGACCGAAGGGCCCCACCCGCUGUCCACAGCACCUCUCUUCCCCUGGGCCCCUCUCAGACACAGGAGAGCAGGCCACCCUUGGCGGCAGCCGCUCCUUUGGGCGCCCCAACCUUCUGGGUUGCAGUGCCCUGGGCCGCGUGCUCCCCUGCUGACACGGCCCCUUGGCAGCCUGGGCCAGGGGCCAUCCUGCCGCCUCUACAGCCUGAGACACACAUCAGGUGGGAGCCGGAGUCACCCGUUGGUGAAGGCACGGCCCCACCGCUAGAGCCACAGCCCCAUCCGCCCAGCCUUCCAAGCUCAACAAACCUCCUAGAUGAGGUCUUGGCGGCCACCGGCAUCCUGGAAACGCAGUCACCCAGCCUCCUAGAGGAAAUCAUGGCUGCCACGUUCAUCCAGGACACGCCCUGGUCUUCAGCAGGGGCUGCUGCACGGGAACAAGGAGUUGAGGCAAUCCUGGAAGCACCCCUCAGUGAGGAGGAUUACCAGGCCCUCCUGGACAUGCUGCCGGGCUCCCCAGGCCCUCGGGCUUAG